AUGCACGCGGAGAGAAUCGAAUGUGCCCAGGCAGCCGUGACUGCAGGCAAGGCUGCUGUAGAGGUCGGAACAGCCACAACCAAGAGCCUGAUGCCCAUAACAAGGAGAUUCGUGUUUAAUGAAACUGCCGAUGCAAGAGAGGUCGUCAGCAUCUACACCGAUAGCGACAUGUCUGGCGCCGUUCAUGAUGAGACCAAGGAGACUCGCAUCGCCCUCGCCUCCGCAUCUGAGAAAUAG